AUUGGGGUGUGUGGUGUAUCGCGCCUCCAAGGGUCAUGGUGGCUGGAGGAUCGAAAACCGACUUAUGCGUGGUCUCAUUUAUCAUAAUCUACUAUACUUCGGCUGCAGCUUUGCCUUUUCUCUCAGUGUCGUCCUCGCCACAAUCUUCCUCUCGUUUCCGGUGGUACACGUGAUUGCUGAGACUCAGGUCGUUGUUCUGUCUCUCUUGGUCACGCGAAUGCACAGGGACUUUUGGAGAUUAGAUCGUACCGCUCGUGGCAUCGAUGGAGUAGAUAUCUCUCUCUCAACGUUCAUGGCACAGUAAGCCCAGAUGUAAUGUGGUGGGUACUUCCCUCUCUGAAGCAUCGCACGGCUAAUAUCCGAUCGAGGAAAGACUCUCAGAAGACGGGAGUACCAAACAAUGCUAAUGAGCCUAUCACUAAGCUUGAUGGACGAAGUAUUUUUUACCAGUAGACUACUAGAUCUUGUCACAACACAUGUAUGAUAU